UUUCUCGCUCUACGCAAACCGUCAGAUAAAUGGCGAACGGAAGGGCAAACUGUAAACAAACAGAACUGGAUAUUAUUUAAGAAAAAAAAAAAAAAAGAAGCCUAAUGACUUGUGCAAAAUAAUCGAACAUUACGAAUGUCGUGUAAAAAUACAAUUGGAAACGUCCGAUAUGCGUGAGUUAGCGCGCUUUUGAACUAAUUCUGCGUUUGUAACCUAUCUAGGCCCAAAUUUGCGCAGACUGAAAAUCGGCAGUGCCGUAAUUUAAUCGGGGACGAACGAGAGAUAGAGAGACCCGCACAAUUUACAUUCUCAUCACUUGUAAAAUCGCAAUAUACACGAAUUUUAGAUUACUGAUUUAGCUGCACCCAAACAGUAACAUGACCACAGUCUCGGACAGCAGCAAGCCGUCCGAAAUUAACCAGAGGAAAAGAAGCGCAAGUCUGAAUGACGAAUGUGACUCCGCGUUGCCCAAGCAGGCGAAAGUAAAUGUGCAGGAACCGAUAGAGAAACAGUCUGAUGGGAGUGUUGAACCUGGGAAAUUUGGGAAUGCUGAUCCAAAACAUAGAACAGAUAUUCCUGAAACUGUUGAGGAGAGGGUGAGCCCUGAAGCAGGCGUAAAGAAGAGCGUAGGACGGGCUUAUGGGGAUACUGUUGGAGACGAGAGAGAGCGCCAGUUCUCCGCUUCCAGUCGAGAGGAACCGUCCGAUUCCGCAGCCAUCGCCGCUGCAGAAGCGCUUGCCAGUCUGACCGGUGGCGACGGGAACGAUGCCCGCAAAGAAAUGCCAUGCUCGUCCAAACAGGCGAGCCGAGAAAAAUCCAAGGAUAAAUCCAAUCGUCCCAGUUGUUCUAAGGGGAGCGAGAGAAGGGCUCUGACGGAGGCAGCCGCAGCGGACAGCUCCUCAUCCCUGCUGAACUGCGAGGACAGAGAAGACACGGCAGGCAACUUUUUUGAUGAUGAUGUGGAGGAGGAGGAAGAAGAUGACGACUCACUCUCUGGGUCUUCCUCCACGGCUAGCUCGUCGGUCGCCUCUGAGAAUGAGGACGGCGAGUGUGCUAUAGUAUCGGUGAAGAUGGCCCCGGAGGUGCGGCAGUCCGUUUCGCUGCUCGCACGAGUGCAGAUGCGGCUGGAUGCGCUUGAGAAGAAAAGCGCACGUUUGCAUCAGCGCCUGGAGAUGAAAGUGAGCCACCAGCGACGCCCUCACCUGGACCAGCGCAGCGCCAUCACUCAAGCUAUCCCAGGCUUCUGGGUCACUGCUCUUCUGAAUCACCCGCAUCUGUCAGCACACAUUGACGAGACUGAUGAAGAUGCUCUUAGCUACAUGAUUAAUUUAGAGAUCGAGUCUUUCAAGAACAACAAACUUGGAUACCGCAUUUCUUUCCAUUUCCGGCGAAGUCCGUUCUUUCAAAACAAAGUCAUAGUGAAGGAAUUACAUCUAGGAAUGGAAGGGUCUCCAGUGUCCUUCUCAAAUCCGAUUUUGUGGCACAGAGGCCAGAGUCUGGUCGGAAGUGGCGAACCACGUCGAACGUCACAGGGAGUCUACCAGAGCUUCUUCCACUGGUUCAGUGACCACACCAAUCCAGGAAGGGAUGACAUAGCACAGAUUCUGAAGGAGGACCUGUACAGAAACCCUUUGAGGUACUAUCUGACUCCUCUCUGGGAGCCACGAGAGAAUGGCAGUGCUCCCAAAGCUCAGAGCAGCAAUAAUAGAGAUGAGUGUGUAAUCAUCUCCGAUUCAGAUGAAGAUCAAGAGGAGUCAAACAGCCAAAAUAUGAACCAGACGCAGGAGGAAGAGAAUGAUAACCAAGUUGGAGGGUCGGAAGAGAAUGACAAAGAUGAGGGGGAAUCUUCCUAUGAGGAGAGGGAGGAAGUGGACAUUGAGGAAGUAGAUGUGUCACAUGACUCUACUGGCUGUGAGGUCAGAGAACAAGGACAGGAAGAGGAAGACAUUGAUGUAGAUGAAGGGGAAGAUGAAGACGAGAGUUAGGAAUUAGUGGGGUUGUCAGUUGUUUUUUUUUGUUUUUUUUUAUGCAGAAAAGCAUUCUUAGAUUUUCUGUUUGCAUUUUACUGAUAUUAGUUUUCUAUAUAAAUGUAGACUCUGUUUCAAUAAAUAACUGGUUGACAGUGCUUAAUGUAGAUGGUACUUCAAAGUUUCAGGAUUUUUCCAAUAUAUCAAAGAAAAGUAAUAACCGAUGUGUUCACGCAUUCCCAAAAAACAUUUUUAGUUUCUCAUUUCAACAUGUUUAUUUUGGAUUUGAACUGCAUGAACAAAUUUCACAGAGAGGGCUACUGAAACUCACAAAAGAGUGUCACCCAUACAACACUGGCUGUGUAGAGCGUUACACUGCACUAUGUCUGAGUGGACAUUGAUUUUGGGCUGUUUUAGAUUGUGAAUUUCUGUGUAUUUUCUUUUUAUUGGUGUGGAAUUUAACCGGCAUACAGUAUCUUCUUUGUCACAAGUAAAAGGUGUACAAUUUUCAAACCAAGAAGAUUUAUAUUAAUUACCAGGAAGAAAAGUUGCUGUAUGCAUGCUUUAGGGUCUAAUCAUAUUUUUCAGUCGUUGCUCUGUCACUUUUUUCUUUGUCGGUUGUUACAUGUUCUAUUUGAGUUUUCCUCAGUAUGAACUAAUUCUAACACCAAAAUUACCUUGCUAUAAAACUAUUUGUGUUUGUUCAUAAAUGUCUACCAAAACUUGUUUGAUAACAAUUGAGAGCUGUAGGAUUCAGUCACUUUUUAAAGUGAUAAAUAAGGGGGACAAAAAUCCCAAACAUUCUUAAAUGCACUUCAUUCAGAACCAAAACUACUUCUCAGGGAGGUUGAUGCUGUUAUGCUCCUUAGACGUCCUUUCCCUUUAGGUUUCUUUCAUUGAAGUUGUUCAUUAAGAACACGUUGUCUUGUUAAAGUCUUUAAUACAUACAUUGUGCAUUGAUGAACAAUUAAAAAAAUAAUUGUAGCAAUAUCUUACCGAUUUCACUUGUUUACAUAAAAAGCAGCUUAAAAUUUCUGAUAGUACCUCUGCUGUGAUCCUCAGUGUCACGUGAUCCUUCAAACUACUUUUGUCAUUUUAUGGGAAUGGAGUUGGAAAAGUACUACACACUGUCAACAUACACCUGUUAAUAUUUAUGAACUGUAAUGAAUAGCAAUUGCAUCGUCAUUUAAAUGAGCAAACGUGACGUAGCUUUACACAAGAAAUAUGUUUAUUUAAUUUAACAGCAUGUGUUUUGCCCAGUUAAAUGCUUUAGAUAAUGUUGUAAUAAGUCAAUAUGUACACAUUCGUUCCUUUGUUUUUACAUCUUAUUAUAUGUAUUUCUUAUACUUUUUCGCAAUAAUCUAUUCUUCCUUAAUUGGGUUAAUCAGUUAUCGGUGUUUAAGGAAAUCAUGUUAAAAAUGCACGAUUUGUAAUGCAUUGAUUUUGGAGUUUUAGCUCAUAAAAGUUUGGUUUAAAAAAAAUAAAGUACUGGUUUAUGUUUGGUUUAACAGUAAGGCCAGUGAUAUGUAUAUAGUAAGUUUCCCUUUAAAAAGGGUUUAUAAUUAGUUAUUGAGUAAUUGGAGUAGAUUUGACCUACAGUAUCAAAAAGAAAAUCUAUAUUUUGUGUGUUAAAUUUUAUAGAUGACUAACAUUUUUAAAUCUGUAUAUUUGUUUGGUUUUUGUUUGCCAUGUGGAAUAAAGAUUUGU